AUGAAGCGACAAGUUCGUUGGUAUAGCACAGAAGGAUACCCUUUCAUUAUCUUUGCAGACGAAGAUGAGAGUCCAUUUGCUUUCCGGCAGGAUGGAAUAAUCGAAGAAAUUGCAGAAGAAAUUUUACACGAGAGGAAGGCGGCAAUUUUAGGGACACUUGUUGAGAAUAGGGAUAUAGAUCUCUAUAUCAUAGCUAAAGUCAUGAUGGUAGAAAGGCCACAUAUAAAGAAUGCAACUGCAAUGGAAAAAGCUCUAUAUUUCAUGAAGUUCGUCCAAGAUGUCGGAGCCGUGAAAUUUAGAGGGAAACCUUGGUCUCAACAAAUCCAAGAUGCUUAUUCUACUAGAUCCUCAUCUUCAGGAGAAUCAAGCACAUCAAAUGGCACACACAAGACCCUGGAAAAGAAGCCUAAAGACGUAAAGAAAGCAGGUAAGGGUAUCACUGUCAUUCCGAAACCCGUGGAAGGAGCAAACUCCUCCAUUAGCUCCGAUGGACGUCAAAAGGGUCAAAAAGACAAGGAAGCGGAUAAAAGAAAAAGAAGGGACGCUUAUGAAAGAGAGAAACAGAGAAAAGCAGACGAAGACAAAAAGAGAAGGGAGCAAGAUGAUGCUGCAGAGAUGGAAAGAAGAAAAGCAGAUCUUGAACAGUUCAAUGCGGAUCGAACCAAGCACAUGGCGCAGGCCAAGAAGAGUGCCACGCAUCAUCUCAGGGAUGAAAGCCCGAUGAGGAAAAAGACAAACGAUGAUAGAAAGAGACACUAG